AUGUCGAAUUACAAUGACUACGAGAGAUUCGUCCAUCAGAUGCAAGCUUUCCGCGCAUCCGAUGAGGCCAGAGAGCAAUUCGUUAGCGAGAUUCUAGCAAAGUAUCAAGCCUUAUCCGAAGAGCACGGCAACUUGAAGAAUGAUUAUUUGAGUGAAAGAGAUAUCAGACGGAAUUAUCAAAGAACUGUUGAAGAGAAACAGGGUUUGGUGGGGGAUUACGAACGUCAGCUCGAAGCGAGUUCAUUUGUAUUGGCACUUAUUGAUGGAGAUGGAGCUAUCUUUCAAGAUGCGUUACUUCAAGCUGCUGGUGGUGAUGGAGGUUCAGAAGCCGCAUCCCGUUUGUAUCACGCAAUUCGCGAUCAUAUUGCUUCGCUCUACAAUAACUCCGGAAACUGGCCGAUCAUGGUUCAGGUCUAUCUCAGUCUCGAUAAGCUCGCACAGAAGUUGGCGUCAGUUGGCCUUCUUCGAAGUCCGCAGGAAUUGCGAGCUUUCGCACAGCGCUUCAGCGUCAAUCAGCCCUUAUUUAGUAUUAUCGACGUUGGCCACGGAAAGGAGAGGGCCGACCACAAGAUCAAGGAAAUGCUUCGUACCUUUAGCGACAAUCCCACCUGCCGUCACAUCAUCUUCGGCGGUUGUCAUGAUGCAGGAUACCUCCUAAAUCUCGAACACUUCAAACACAAUACCGCCAAAGCUGGUCGGAUCACACUUCUUGAGACCACACCCGUAUACCGUGGUUUCACAGAUUUAACCAACUUCAAACGCACUCGUUUUGACGACGUUUUCAAAAACGAGCCCCUGCCCGAUUAUAUACCUCCGACUAACGGUUUUGGUCAAUUGGCCGUUCAGUCACCGGUACAGUCCGUAGCACAACCGCAAGUUCUCUCUCGUUCCGUUAUAAACAACACCAAGACGUCGCCCACGUUCGCCCCGAGUGCCCAAGUGGCGUCCCCCUCGCCUAGCGUCACCCCGGUGUCAGCCGCUACAGCUAGUGAGUCGAACGGAGAUUCUUCAUGGGCCACUGUGGGAAGAACCGGUGCUCCUGAAAACGGCAACAUUUCCAUCGCAGCGACUACACCCACUACUAAGAAAGACACUAAGAAGAAGUAUGCUUAUUACAACAAAGCCGGGCAAAGGCUUGAUGAUCCACUGCCACCGAAAGAUCCCGCCGCUGCAGCUUCGCUUGAAGCACGCAUGAAGAAAGUGGGCAAGAAGAUGUGUAACCACUGGCAUCUCGGGAGUCAUUGCGAGAACGGAAAGUUCUCUUGGCUUGUAAGAACCGUUACUAGCCUACCACCAUUGCCGCCACCUCAAUGUAGAUUUGCAGUGACGCUGACACUACGGCUUCAGAUCUUGGCCACCAGUGCGCUCUUGAGCGUGAUCAAGGAUAUUGUUCAUUCCCCGAGAAUUGCCACCUUCGUGCUACACAUGGCAUGGACAGGGUUAGAUACGUCAGGUACGACAAAGAUGGCAAUGAAGAUUACGCUCCUUAGUCGGAACGGCCAUAUUGUCUGGAUAGUACUAAAUUAA